UCAUCUUCCUGAACGAAUUUAAUAAACAAGGUCACGUCAUCGGAAGAAGCUUGUGUGGCCGUCGCACGCUGAGAGAAAAGUCUUGAAGAAUAAACAGAAAUGGCAGGAGGAACAGAGCGUGCCAAGUCCUACAUGGCCACUGGAGCUUAUGUGGGCUGUAUAAAGAUUCUGCUGACCGUUUAUAACUUUGUAUUUUGGAUCACUGGUAUAGCUGUCUUGGUACUAGGAAUAUGGAUCGUGGCAGGGUUACAGAAGUACACUGAGUUACUGGACGGCUAUCCCUCGGCCGCGACAUGGGCCAUCAUCGGGACUGGAGCUGCCAUUGUCAUCAUCGCCUCCUUUGCCUGUUACUGCACCUUCAAGGGGUACGGACGGCUCUUGUAUAUUUAUGCAGCCUUCCUGAUGGUAGUAUUCCUGGCUGAGCUUGCUGCUGGCGCCACCUUCCUUGUGUUCAAGGGUCAAGUACAAACUAGUCUGAAAACUGGCAUGAACAACACCAUGAACAGCUACACGGACGGCUCUGACAAUGCCAUGGACAAAGUGCAACAAUCAAUCAAGUGCUGUGGUAUUAACAGCUAUGUUGACUGGUACUAUACGAAAUAUGAUAAGAACACAGAGAAGCCAAACACUGUGAAAGUGCCGAAGUCUUGCUGUGUAACCAGUAGUAACUGUUCUAAUACAAAUCUGCCGUUGAAUCUGAACCAGACCAGUGCCAGCAUUUAUGUGGAGGGCUGUCACCGUAAGAUAGUGUCAGGGAUGGAAGGUAACAUUGCUAUCAUUGGAUCUGCUGUACUUGGAUUCUCAUUCCUACAGUUACUGGGCUCUGUUUUGGCCUGUUGUCUUGGUAAAGGCAUCAACAAGGCCAAGUAUGAACAAGUGGCAUAAGGCAAGAACUGCCUUGAAUUACCAACUGAAAAACUGGACAAGUUUGAAGAAGUUACUUCCAUAAUUUGGAGAUUUUUCUUUCUUGCCUGUCAAAAAUCAUUAUGUAAAAUUAAAUCGUUUAGAUAUAGUUUGGAGCUAUAUGAAAUUUAUCAAGAGGAAUAACAAAAUAUAUUGAGAACAACCACAAUAAAUGGCAGAAAAGAGUGGUAUAAUACAAUUCAUUUUAUUACAUUAAUUCAUGUGAUAUAAUUUACAUGUAUUCCUUUAUUUUGUCAGAAGUUGAUAAGGUCCAAGAUAGAAAGUUGACAUUCAGUUACAAAUAUUCUAGUCCCAAACAUGAGCACAAGGUCUGUUUUCUUUACACUGAAAAAGUCAACGUCCAACAUACCAGAAUCAAAAGCUGCAUAGAGCUGUAUUUAGACCAGGGCCAACUUAGACCAGACAAAGACUGAAUGAUGUCACAAAACCAGAUUUCAGUACAUCUUUUGAAAUGUUUACCUGUCGUGCAGCCAGGCAGGCCUCAAGUAGUAGAUUUAAUUUUCUUUCUUCUUAUUCUUCAUCUGACCUCUUGCAAAUAAGCAAUUUUUGCCUCAGGUUCCAUUGGCAUGAGUGAAAGUUUUCGGGGUACCCUAGUAAAGCUUAAUUUCAGGAUUUUCUGUCUUCAUUUCGAUCAUUUUCUUUAUAUGGUCUAAAUGCGACGAGGAAUUGCAAGUGUUUUCUGGAUUUCCAGUUUUAACUAUUUUAAUCCAUAUCUUUGGCCAGACCUUAUAUUUGAUCAGUCUGUCAAAAGCUAUAGGCACCAGUUAUUCUAUGCCUGGUUUAAGUUGGUUCUGGUAUAACCACAGCAUAAAAAUAUGAAAAUAUUUUAUUCCCCAUAAGCAUAGCAAAAUCAGAUAUAUUCCAUACCCAAGCAUGACCACCGAGUGCAGUAUUAUGGCAGUGCUAUUUGAGAUUUCCAUUAUAAUCAUUAUGAACUCGUCAUGUUACUAAUUCAAUAUUAAAUGUAGUUAUGACUGUAGACUAUGGCAUAGCUUGGAUAGAAUUUCAUGCAGGCAUGAUGUAGUUUUUUUUUUUUUUUUUUUUUUCAUCCAAAUAUAUUUUUUUUCCGUUUUGAUGAGCAUUCUUUGCGUAAGGUGACUAUUGGGCCGCAUCUUUAUGUUUAAACAAUACUUGAUGCUAGCUACGCUAAUACUAAGUCAUAUUUUGAACUCACAAGAUCAGAAAGUUAAUGUUUCACAGUGCCGUUACCAUGUUUUGACAAUCACUUUCAAGGUAAAUGAUAUAAAUGUGAAAAAAAAAAUUAUUCAAGCGUGUUAUUCUACAACCUUUCAUCAUUGCUCAAACAAACUCUACAUACAAGUUGUACUACAUGUGCAUCCACAGAAGUUAAAUAUUUUGGGACUUUCGCAAAUUUAUGUGUAAUUUUGACAAUGUGUUUGAUGGUUUAGUGUAAAAGGAAGUAUCGAAGGUCUAAUAUAUAUACUUUAUUGUACUAACUAUCAAUUUUUCUUUGUAAUCAGUAUUUCACUUCUUUUGAUGUAUUGCAUGUUACACAUGUAUAUUAGAAAUUAGAUUAAUAAUGCAACUCGAGAAUUGAGGUUGAAGUUUCCUUUAUAUGAAAAUGAAAUAAAAAGGGUAUAUAGUCACAGAUAUUUUAAGGGAUAAAGUGGGAUAAAUGCCAGUUUGAUUCAAAGUAGAUGUAAAGUUGGUAGCCUGAGCAAAAAAGGGGCAUUGUCAAUUUCUAUCAGACCUUUCUCAUUAUUCAGUGAUUGGGGAAUUUUUGUGGUAAGUGAUUUUUAUUCAUGAUUAAAUUACUUUGAAAAUUUUCUAUCCUUAAAGACUGAUUUAUGGAUAUAGCACAAAGUUGGCUUUUUAAUUCCGUUAUGUUGUUACUUUUGUGUACUUUUGGUGUGGAAAGUAUUGUGAAAGAUGGGCUGGUAUUAACAGAUAUUUUCCCUUAAUGGGAUCAGCGUCUUUAGUUGUUCUCUGUACACUUACUAAAUUUUGUAAGUCAUUUACAGUUUAAUUGUUGUCAAAUGGUUUGAAAUGUGUCAGUUAAGUAUCACCGUGCUCAACAUUGUUUAAAGCUUACUUAAGGAUGGAAUAUGUAUGGGAUUUUUGCCAUUAUUUAACAUACAUUUGAAAGUUGGGAUAACAUCGAUGCAGAACUAAUGAUGAUUUCCAGUUCUGUGGUUUCUUAAAAUAUAACCCAUUUCAUAGAUGGAUACAUAAAGUUUAACAUAAAAUUUUGCAUGGUUUAUUCACAGUCAUUUAUUUAUGGAGUAUAUAUGUUUACAAAACUUUGUAGUGUUUACUAAACUUAGAGACAGAA